GAAGGAGACACUAGUGGAGCUGUUCCUGAGGGAUGAAUUUAAUCCCCAGCUGAAGGAGGCAUAAAGACAUCUCUGAAUUUCCCUUUUCCAAGAAAUCCACAUUCCUUGUUCUUUUUCCAUCCUGGAUCCGAAGAAGCACGCCUGCAUGGAGUGGGUUUAUCAGCAGAAUCAAGCAUCAUCAGAAGGGCCUGGGGGCAACGUGAGAAGUUCGCUGGAAAUAUGCAGUCUCACCUCUACUAUAACAGCCUAUGUCUACCUCUAAGUUAUAUGGAAGCUUUGCCUCUUUUGACUCCUUUUGUGAUCCAAUUUUUUUGCUGAAGCUAUGUUCCUUUUUUUGUUUUUCGAAACUACCCGAACAGAUGGUAUAGCAUAGGAGGUAGGAGCGAGGAUAACGGCGACGAGUAGAAGACCACUGGAGUAUGCGGAUGGGUCCGGGAUGAAAGAGUAGUUGAUUUUCUGAGGCUACAGUGUCUGGCCGAUGGGUAGGAUGCAAACAGCUAAGGUGUAAUCAGCUCAAGUACGGUGGUAGCUCACGUUAGCAACGCACCACCUUCUAAGGUUCCCGUUCCAAUUUAUGGAUCUAACAAGGUCCUUUGAGAUUCAGGGAGGAAAGCGUUAACCUCCACAACGUUUCAGUCACCAAAAUGUCACAUCCCCUCUACACGUCUGUCGUCCACUCUCGCGAGAGUAUGAAAAAAAAAAAGUACUGCAUUUUAUUAACCCCGCCCCCAGCCCGAUAAGUUGCCUAGCAACGAGGCAACCAACCUCCACAGCGUGAGGAAACUUGGGAGCUUGCGAUCUUCAGGCUUCGGUUUCUUCCACCUUGGCGAGCCAGCGUCAGCGAUUCCGAUUUGAGCCCCGCCCCAGGGAGUCUGCGGGCUCCGGAUUGGCGGAUGAUUCUCUCCAGACAUCUCCCGAGGAGCUGCCAUGUCUGGGAAUACUGCAUCUUCAUCAGAACAGAACAACAACAGCUAUGAAACCAAGGCCUCCAAUCUUCGAAUGUCAGAGAAGAAAUGUUCGUGGGCAUCUUACAUGACAAACUCCCCAACUCUCAUCGUUAUGAUCGGCUUGCCGGCCCGAGGCAAAACCUAUGUAUCCAAGAAACUCACACGGUACCUCAACUGGAUUGGGGUGCCCACCAAAGUGUUUAAUCUUGGGGUAUAUCGGCGUGAAGCAGUCAAGUCCUAUAAGUCCUACGACUUCUUCCGGCAUGACAAUGAGGAGGCCAUGAAGAUCCGCAAACAGUGUGCUCUGGUGGCGCUGGAAGAUGUGAAGGCGUAUCUCACUGAGGAGAGCGGGCAGAUCGCGGUGUUCGAUGCCACCAAUACCACUAGGGAGAGAAGGGACAUGAUUUUGAGCUUUGCCAAGGAGAACUCCUUCAAGGUGUUCUUUGUGGAAUCCGUCUGCGAUGAUCCUGAUGUCAUUGCUGCCAACAUCCUGGAGGUAAAGGUGUCGAGCCCUGACUACCCUGAAAGGAACAGGGAGAAUGUGAUGGAGGACUUCCUAAAGAGAAUUGAGUGCUACAAAGUCACCUAUCAACCCCUUGACCCAGACAACUAUGACAAGGAUCUCUCUUUCAUCAAGGUGAUAAAUGUGGGCCAGCGAUUUUUAGUCAACAGAGUCCAGGACUACAUCCAGAGCAAGAUAGUCUACUACCUCAUGAAUAUCCACGUGCAACCUCGCACCAUUUACCUUUGCCGGCAUGGAGAGAGCGAGUUCAACCUCUUGGGGAAGAUUGGGGGUGACUCUGGCCUCUCGGUGCGGGGAAAACAGUUUGCCCAGGCUCUAAGGAAGUUUCUGGAGGAACAGGAGAUAGCAGACCUCAAAGUGUGGACAAGCCAGCUAAAGAGGACUAUCCAAACCGCCGAAUCCCUGGGUGUGACCUAUGAGCAGUGGAAGAUUCUGAAUGAGAUCGAUGCUGGCGUGUGUGAGGAGAUGACCUAUGCGCAGAUUGAGAAGCAGUACCCAGACGAGUUCGCGCUUCGAGAUCAAGAGAAAUACCUGUACCGGUACCCUGGUGGGGAGUCGUACCAGGACCUGGUACAGCGGCUGGAGCCUGUCAUCAUGGAGCUGGAGCGUCAGGGCAACGUCCUCGUCAUCUCCCACCAGGCUGUCAUGCGCUGCCUGCUGGCCUACUUCUUGGAUAAGGGUGCAGAUGAGCUACCAUAUUUGAGGUGUCCCCUUCAUACCAUCUUCAAACUUACUCCUGUGGCCUACGGAUGUAAAGUGGAAACCAUUAAACUCAAUGUGGAGGCUGUGAACACGCACCGUGACAAGCCAACCGCAGAGACGGGGUUGGCUGUGCACAGGCACUCUUCGGCGUCCCUCACACCGCUUUGCUGAUGAUGUAAAGGUUGAAGCCAGACCCCUCCAAGAUCUACUUCAAGGCUGUUGAUGGCAGCCCCACGGGGGCUCUAUCAGGAAGUUAAGCUGGGAUUGGACAUUUGAGGCCACCAAAAUGAGGCCUGGAAAAAACAUUACAUUUCUUCCCCUCAUGCCUAAUGGGAAUACGUGUUACACGGGAAAACUUAAGUCCCCUGUGCCUCAAAACAUCUAACAGCCCAACCCGAUCGGUUUGUAUGAUCUCUUUGCUGGGUGUGACCCCAGUUGGCCAGUCUUGUUCCUUUUCAGCCUUUAACUUCUACCUGCGAUUGUAUCCCUGGCUGCCUCUUCUUUUCUGGAACGCAAAUGGCACCUCUUCAGACUUGUUUCUGAGUGAGAGGGCUGCACCACCAUGAGCCUGUUCUGUGCUGUAAGAGCUGGUCUCUGCGUCCGUUCCAGCGAGCAGGCUAGAGGACCUUAUAUAUAUGUUAGCCAUCCCUUUUCUGUCACGUUGGAAAUGAGAUAAAUUCAGCAGGUGAGUGGAGGGUAUCUGAGAAAUUCAGUCCCUGUAAUGUCUUUUCAGCGGUGGUGGAAGGGCAGCGUCAGCUACCUUUUCACAGAGAGAAGUUUUUCCUUGUUCCAGGCCCUGUAAGGGCAGGAUCUGACUGCAAGACUCCCCAGAAUGGGUCCCUGUCUUCAAAGUACCCUUUUCCGAAGUAGCUACUGUAUUUCCUACCUGAUGCUGCGUCCCCUCACAGCGGCAGAGGGAGGCGUCAUUCUCCAGUGGUUGGGAAUGAGGGUUGGAGAGAAAAGUAGGGCGCUAUUGACAGGACCUGAAGAAGUGAAGAGGGUUCCUUGGGAAUCAACUGUACCAGGGAGUUUUUGCUUCAAACCAGGCUCAGGGGGCAUGGCUUUCUGUGGGGUCUGUCACUAUGAUGCGGUCUCUAUGAAAGCUGCGGAUGUGGCUUCGAGAGCAGCUGGUCUUCUGAUGCCUGCCUCUUAGCUAAUUGUCUCUAGUGGGGUCUCCUGGUAAUUUAUGUAGAACACUGGGGUGGGGGGUGGGCAGGGGAGACCCCAGUCUUUGAGGCAUCUAUCAUUUGGCUUCCAGUAAAGAUAAGCCAGGUAAUUCUCUAGAUCAGUGUGAAUCUCUGUCAAUGUGAUUUUGAUGUUAAUAGUCCAAUUGAGGGUAUAGAAGCUCCAGAAGAUAAGUAUCUUACAAGCAAAAAAAAUUUUUUUUAAAGAAUAGUAAGUUUUUUAGCUUUUUAAAUAAUUUUUCCCUUUCAUGCAGAUACCCUCUUGCUGGGCAAGAGGGUAAGUAACAAGAAAAGAAAGAAAUGCAUUUUUUCCCCAAAUGGUUCUUUUAUACUGUGGAUGAUAUGGGGUUCCCUUACCUAAGAUGUGAUGAGCUGGGCUGCGGGCAGUUCAGCAUCCCGGAACCAGGAGCUUAUUUUAUACGCACAAAGCUGCCUUCAGAAAGGCUCCUGACUCUGCUCUGUAGCAGAGGAUUUUCAUCUGGCCUCUCUGAGCGUGCAGAACUGUCACUAUUUUGUUGUUUUGCUGCGGUUUUCUUUCUGCAUCUAAACGCAGUGUCUGUUGAUGAUCAGAUAAUGUUUUUACUUAUUUAUUCAUUCAUGUGUGAUAUUUUUAAGUCCCAUGUGAGUGUGAGUGUUUGCAUGUGUUUGAUCAGAAUGUAAGAUAAUUGGUGUUUUUUGGUAGAAAUUGAGGUAGUUUGAGAUUUUAAAUGUGAUGUCCAUAGUAUUACCUUAAAUUAAAUUUCUAAGGUCUAGGUGUCUGUCUUCUGUAAAAGGAUGGCAACGAUGUUAAGGCACGGCGGAUUUCUUUUGAGUACUUUUUUUCUCGUUGAUUUAUAAGUAUCAACCAAGAGAUGCAUUUCUCUGGAGAGAAGUUUAUCUCCUGGAUAAAUAAAAUCAUGCUAAA